AGAGUUCCUGCGUGCCCCUGCACACUGCAAGUGUUGGUAAGGGCUAGCUCAUGCUAGCUCUCUUUACUGACGACCUCUUCUUUGGAGUUGCCUUAUAAAGCAUAGUAUCACACUGACGGGCUACUUUCACUUGUGCUUGAUUCAUUGUCGCCACAUCUCCCUCACAUGGACCAUGGACUCGAUUCACCCACCAGGCUCACUGGACACUGCCGUCUCCUUGGCCGUGCCGUUGACGGCUCAAGCGUGCCAUGUCGAGACCGAACGACGCGUGACGCGCCCGGGGCCCAUCCGAAAGACUCCACGGUCGCCCCCUCCGUCCGAUCCUCCUCGUUCCAUAUGAGAUGUCGCGAAGCACCGAGAACGCCGGUGCCUCGCAGUGCGGAAAAGGCCGCUGUUGGUGCUCGGGUGCCAUUUGGCUGAGUCUGGUGUUCAACGGGGAGGCAUUAGCGGUGGUCAAAGUCACCAGAUCAGAAGUGAACUAUCAGGGCUUAGCCGAGCCCUUUGAGAGCAUCACUUCAGCGACUUCAGAGUCUCUAGACAAUCGGAGUGAGACUGUUUCGCAACUUGCAGCUACACGAGGAGCGGUCGUUUCUAUCCAUGGCAGCGCAGACAACUCCGCUGAUGUCUCACUGGCUAUGGUCCCGGCAUACUAUGUGAAGCGGAGGUACAGCUUCCCCACCAUCCGCCGGGGCGCCAACGUCUCCGACGUGUUCUCGCCCUUUGCAAAGGUCCGGACGCGGAUGGUCCCUGUGCAGCCGCACAACACCUUCGCCACCGCCGUGGACGUGGAGAUCGCCACCCCCGAGAUCAUCGUGUCCGUGUAUCUUUUGCUCUACGUGCCUUUGGCAAUGGCCUGGGCAUACUUCGUUCACUUUGGCUGCAAAGAGAAGCACUACUUGAUCUUGGUGCCUUUCACUCUUUGUGCUUUCACGGUCGGCUUGGAUUUGGUGAACCAAUCGCUGUCAACGCUCACAGCAGCGCCCAUGGCCAUGACCGCCAUUCAAGCCGGCUUCAUGUUUGCAUCCACGAUGCUUUGGACCAUGGGCUGCCACAUCUACAUGCUCCUCCGUGGAGCCACACCCACGGUGAAAAGCUACACUGGCGAGCGGAGUCCCUCCAGAGUGCCCUACGAGCUGACACUUUAUCCCUUGUCCUGCAGCACUCAGACUCAAUUGCUCUUUGGAUGGACCCCUGCAGCCUUCUGGUUUGUGGCUUAUCAACUCAUCAACCACGAAGUCUCCAUGUACUGCUCCUUGUCAGAGCGAACCGUCUUCUUGAACCUGUGCCCCCUUUUCGCAUUGUUCAUUGAACCAUUGGUGUUGCCUUCGAGAGUUGCGAACGUCCUCAACCAGACCUUCUCUUCGAAGAUGGCACUGAUCACCAUGGCCUUUGGAGCGGUUCUUUUUAGCUUACAAUAUCCGGACUUCUCCGCCAAUGGCGUCAGGUCCGCUGGGCUUUUGGUGGCUUUAGUACUUCCCUAUCGCUUGCUUCAACGCAUGUUGUUGGCCGAUUGCCAAGAUGCUCCGGCCACUUUGCUAUGUGCCUGGGACGGUUUGCUGCUGACCAUCCCUGCCGCCAUUUUGACGGUGCUCAACGAGAAGUUCUUCAUCGAAGCUUGGAGCGUUUGGCUGCACAAUCCGUCAAUCAUGUUGAUGUUUGGGCUCUCCAUUUUCGCCUUCAUUGGGAAUCACUUGGCCGUCUUGUACUUAUUGAAGGCCACCUCAGCGACAUCCACAUUGGUCUUCGGAAAUUUAUCCAAUUUUGUGGUGGUCUUCGAGGGCAUCGUCUUCUUCUCAGAUCCCGUCUUCGAAGCUCCCUUGGUCUUCACUGGCAUCGCCCUGAGCUUGCUGGGCGGCAUUUGGUACGCCAUUGAUCAGCAAGAGGAGACCAAAGUCCUAGAGGAGGAGACCCCCCGAGUACAGGAAUCUCCAAGCUCCUGAUGACCUACGAGGGUGAAAAGCAUGCAGAAGAGCUGUGACAGCGAGUGAAAGCGUGUGAGGUGGAAAGAGUGCAAGCGGCGGAGCUGAUGGAAGCAGAGAGCGUCAAACAAUGUCAAACAUAUCAAUAUCACUUGGACAAUGGCAAACAUUACUUUACGUUACCUUUGAACGCCGGUGACGUUCCUUUUCGGAAACGUGUGGUUUACGUG